AUGACGUCAAGAAAACUAGUUGAGCUCAACUCGGUCCUUCAUGUCGUUAUAGAGGUGAACCCAUGUGCCCUUUACCAAGCUAAUAAGGCAGGCUAUCAGGGAAAAGCGAAGGCGCCCAGUUAUUAUUAUGGGUUACAUGGAAUUCCUAUCUUGCUCAAGGACAACAUUGGAACAAAAGAUAAGCUUAACACCAUUGAUUUGCUUGGCUUAGUCGUGCCUCAGGAUGCCAACAUAGUGUGUAAGUUGAGGGAAGUCAGAGCCAUCAUAUUGUGGAAGGCUAGCUUGUAA